CGUUUCCAUAAUCGAUAAAUUUCUUUGAGAGAAUCAAGUAAUUUCAAACAUAAUCGUUUCUUAUUUAAAAUGCCAUGUUAUACGCAAGUCGAGUGAUCAAAUUAUAGCGUGGCGUGGCUGUCUCUAGGAGCCUCUCUUUUUAAACUACCGUGCAUCGUACGUGUGUUCCUAUUAACAGAGGCAACCACGUCGUAGCAGAUCGUUUAUACGGCAUUUUAGAAAAUUGUUUGUUUCAAAUAUAUUACAAUAUCAUUAGCAAUGUGCUUCUUCGUUGAUCUUAUGUACAACGCAAUAGUGAAGUACAAAAAGGCUUUGACAAGAUGGUGCCCCUUUCGAACGAAUUUCGAAACAUAUGCAACCUCAUAUGCAUCUGCUGACAAGUUAUGGGUGCUUACACAUAAAGUAUUAUGUCAGAACUUAACAGUCCUUUGACCGCGAUUUUCGGUAUUCCAAGAACGUUAAAUCCACCAAGGUCAAAUGGAAACUUGAACUUGAAAGAAUUUACCAGACAAUAAGAACCGAAGAUUGUAUUUUGCAUCGUAAUUCAUUUCUUCGUUACAGAUACUACGUAUAUCAGUUGAUUUGUUUCUUUCGUGACAAAAUUGGAAUUGUAGUUAAUAUAUGAGUCGAAAACCGAAUAUAAUUAAUGUAAAAUGUGACACUAUUUAUAAACUACCGUGUAAAACUCAAAAGGUAUAUCUAUUACAUGAAAUCUGGCUUGAAAAAGCAAUAAAUCGUGAAUCGUAUUUUACACUACAAUUCUCUUAACAAUAAAUAUUCUUUUACAUCGCCUUUAAUAUAGGUUUAGAUAUACAUAUAAACGUAAUUGGAAUUGUUAAAUUAAUAUUGUGACAUUUUUUUUUUAAUCCGUGCCAUAUUUUACACGGUCUACAUAUUUUUUCACAAGUGGUAAAAGUAUAUUAUGUAAAUCAAUUAUCAGCGGGAAGAGUUGUGCGUGCCAUGAGGUGCUGCCAUGAGAUGCGCGUGCGAGUGAACGUCGCCAUUGUCUUCCGGUGCGCGCGAGUGUAUUCUUAUUGACAAUUAGAUUUGUCUACAUUUUGUAAGAUAGCAUAUGUUCUAAGAUUAUUUCCAGCCAUUAAAAUGUAUACGAACGAUGCUGAACCGAUCAUAAGGUUUCUUAUGUAUCUAAUCUCCGAUAAUGUCUUAUGGCGUAUUACUGAUCACUGUGCAGCCAUCUUGGACGAGUCCACUCUGUCACCAACUGACACGCAUCAAAGAACUUGUUCUUGACAAUUGUCGGAGCACGCAUAUAGUAGGUCUGACAGAUGAAUUUGUUGCAUUAGAAUCACUAAGCCUCAUCAAUGUGGGUCUUACCAGUCUAAAAGGCUUUCCAAAGUUGUCAAGUCUUAAGAAGCUGGAACUUAGUGACAACAGAAUUUCUGGAGGUUUAAAUCUUCUUCAGUCAAGUCCCAAGUUAACUCAUCUCAAUCUUAGUGGAAACAAGAUCAAAGAUCUCGAUACACUUCAACCUUUAAAGGAGUUUAAAAAUUUAAAAAAUUUGGAUCUCUUUAAUAAUGAAGUGACAAAUUUGGACAAUUAUAGAGAGAAAGUUUUUAGCCUUAUUCCCAGCCUUCGAUGUCUUGAUGGAUUUGAUACAGACGAUUGUGAAGUAGAUGAUAGUGAAGGAGAGGAUGAUGAAGUAAAUGGGAAUGAAGAUGGAGAUGGAGAUGCUAAUGAAGAAGAUAGUGAGGAAGUUUCAGAUGAAGAAGAAUUUGUCUUUGAGGAGGGUGAUGUAGGAUUAGAAGCUGUAUACAAGGACGGUCUUGAAGAUGAAAGUGAUGAAGACGACUUUCUCUGUGACGAAGAAGAAGAAGAAGAAGAUGAUGACAAUGAAGAUGACGAACAGGAUGAAGAAGAAGAGUCAUCUCCUGCUCGAGGUAAGAAGAGAAAACAUGAAGAUGUGGGAGACUCAGGAAACUAGAAUUACAAAGAGCAGGCUUCUGAUUCUGUUGAAUGAGUGUAAAAUUCAUAUAAAUAAUAACAAUAAUUGAGCCGCCGAGUGAACAUCUGGGAAUCAAACUAAUUGACCGACCAAUGACAGACUACAGUUAGUGGUGUGAAUUUAUCAGUAAAUCAUUGACUGACGAAUUGUCUGUGGAACAACAAACGAUUACCAUUAUGGAGAAGAGGAAUGUGAAUGAAAAUGAAAGGGGGAUAAUGAUGGGAUAAAAUAGGACUGCAUUCCAGCUGGGCACAGCGCGUUUUAGUUAUACUAACGAUAUUUUAUAUAGAGUAUAUAGUUAGAGUAUUAGUGGUGUUGCAUAGUGGGUGAAAGAUCACAUAUUGAAUGACUUGAAAAAGGCAACAAUGGAGUUUUACACUUGAAGGAGCGUAUUUGUCUGUUAGCUCCAGUCGGCCAAAGGCUGGUCACGCUGGAAUGCAGUCAUCGUUAAUCAGUACUAAGGUUACAUAAGUUACAUUUUAAAUACAUUAUUAUUGUACCAUGAAUAAGUAUAGAGUAAAUGAGGAACAACUUUUGUACAGGUUUACACCAUACAUUGAGGUGCAUUAUGCCUCUGUGAUUUUUGGGACAGAAAAUAAAGAGAUAAAUAUAUGUUGCUCAUACAUUGAGCUUAUAUCUAUGAAAGACGUAAGGUAGGAAUUUACAUCAUAAGAAUAAGGAAGUAAAGAAAAAAAAGUAUGUACAUUUCGUUUAUUAGAAUAAUAAUAGUGUUUGAAAUGUAUAAUUGGUAUGAACAAAAACAAAUCAGUUUAGCACAUAAAUGGUAUUUUAGUAUUUUCUGUGUUUCAUUGUUUUGAUAUAAGUUAAAUAGUUUUGAUAUUUUUCAAGAUAUCUUGAAAGGACUGUGAAGUAAUAUAAGAACACAAUUGAUAUUGUGGUAUUCUUGUAAUUUUUAGUAAAUUUUAAGUUCCAGGUGUUUAUAUAUAAUGGCAUUAAGCUGCACAUAACAUGGCUGUUAAGAUUAUUGUUAUUUACUUUUGGGCAUUCCAUGUGCUACGUGUUAUGCUCUAAUAUGAGAAAUUCAUUUGAUUAAUGACAUCAUUGUAAUAUCUUCCCGUUUACAGUUGCAAGCAUUCAGUUGCAAUGAUUAAAUGUUUUUUUACAUCAGAAAAUCUGUAGAAUUUUUUAUUAUUACGAUUAAAUUACUUAAUGGAUGUGUAUUGUUUAUAUGUAACAACAAGUCACUAAAUAUUGGAAUAUGAUAUUAAACAUAAAGAAAAGAAUCAAAAUUACUGUAAAUCAAUAAUAACCUUUAAUUUCUGUCUCUGAAGUUACCAUAGCGCUGACACAUCUCGUGAUGAUUAAAGUGCGAAGUUAAUGGGUAAUGAUAAUUAAUAUUAUUAUUAAUAUUAAAUUACAAUUAUGAUUUUUAAAAAGUAACAAAUAUUUACACUUGCGCUUUCGCACUUUUGAAUUGUAUUUAAAAAAAAGUCAGAAACGCAAAAUUUAGAUUAGAGUGGAAAGAUAAAGUAUCGAGAAAUAGGCGUAAAAGUGAAAGAUGGAUUAGACGAUGUAGUUAAUGGUGAGACUGUAGCAAGUGGAUUACUGGACGGACUACCAAUUAACUACGUGAUCGUGAGUAUGGAUGGGAGUGAAAUAGCGAGUGAGAGUGCAAGAGAAGAUCGGUUUUAUAAGAAAAAAAUUAUGGUAGAGUCGAGGAUCUGGCGCCUCUUUGUCGCCAGUUUGGUUAUGGCCUUAUCCAAUUUUUCCAAGACUAAAGCAAAUUUAUAUUAGGUACAAUGAGUAUAUGACAUGUACAGGUCCAAAUCUGUAAAUUUCCAAUCUGCAAUUUGUAAUUGCGGCUCGCGCGGAUGUAUUAAAAGUUAAAUUAUAAAUAAUUAAAAAGUUAAAUUAUAAAUAAUUAAACAUCCCGCGCGUCCCGCGACACAUACACUUUUGUCAAUUGCAAUUUUGGAUAGACCAUUUACGUAAGGGAAUCUAUCACCUUCUAUUAUCAGAUUUAUUACAUCUCUGUAUUGUCUGUCUGUUCCGUUGUUAAAGUGGAUCUUUAUCAUAACGUUUGUUUAUUUCGAGCAAUCCUCAUCACAAAAUAAGAAAAAAUAAUUUAUUAAUAAAAUCAUUUACAAAUCAAG